CGUUUGCUAUAGAAGCUGGAGGAAGAAGGUGGUCUGCGAGAAGUCGGUGAUACUUAACCUCGCUAUACACCUUCUCCAAGCAUUUACGAGAAGUGUACCUAGGCAGCUACCUGGAUAUCACGACGAGUGAACGUAGAAAGACCUGUGCGUUUCUAUAGUACAUUUCAAAUGAUCGAAUUGUGAUUACCCACAACACAAAAACAGUUCUGUACUAACAACAAAGAACAAGAUGGAGAAAAUACUGCUACUAUCGCUGAUUGCUAUCCUUGUUGGAUCAAUACACGCAAUUCCUGGCCGCCUUAAUGAUGACUGCCCGAACUGCGUAGACGAACACAGCGGAAGUUUGGCUGCUUCAAGAUGGACGAUGCCACUCUUAAAACUCGGAGAAAAAAGAUACUAUCUUGGAAUUUUCUUCAAGGCAAACUGGUACAGGGCGUCACAGUACUGCCGCUAUCAUGGCAUGCACCUGGCCAGUAUAGCGUCCCAGGAAGAGAAUGACAGGCUUGAGAAACACAUUAAAGACUUUGGACUUGGACACGAACAUUUCUGGACUUCGGGUACUGAUCAAGCGGAGGAAGGCACUUUCUUUUGGAUGGCUAAUGGUCGCCCAAUUACCUUUGAAAAUUGGAACGUCGGAGAGCCAAAUAACUUCCGAUACGAGAAUGGCGAGGAGGAACACUGCUUGGAGUUGUGGAAUAGAGAUGGUAAGGGUCUGAAGUGGAACGACAGUCCCUGUAGCUUUGAAACAUUCUUCGUUUGUGAAGUGCAGUGAUCCCUAAUUUUUAAGAAGUAUAAGUUAAAUUCCGUCCGAGUUAAUGAGUUGUCUGUCUGAACUUCAGAUACAGCCCACGAAGGCCGAAGUAAAAAAUCAAAUUCUCUCUUUCUGUUAAGUUAGUGUUCUAUACUGGUUUUAUUAUAGAUUGGUGCAAAAGGGAGAUUAAAUGCAUGCGAUGACUUGUAUUACUUACGCCUAUAUUCCGUAAAGUAAUUGCAUAGAGAGACUCGCUAUGUUGGAACAAACUUUUAUUAUAAUGUGCAGCUUACCUGUAAAUGGAAAUUAUUUGAAAACUAUUUACGCCUAACUCUCGUUAUUAGUGAAACUCGUGAUCCUUACUGUGGACAUCGAUUAAUUUAAACUAUCAUCGGUAUUUAAAAAUUGCAAAUCAACGCGCGAUGUGUGAGGGACAUGCACGAGUACAAUGCCAAACAUAGACUGCCAAAAAAUCCGAAGCAGCUAUUUUGCUUUAAUGGACAUGAUUCGAUGUAUAUCUAUGAGUAGAAGUAGUAUGUGCGUCAAGUGUUUAAAGAAAUGGUAGUCAUAUGAAAACACCAAUAAUUCAUCAAUUUCUGAGUUCAAAUACAUAUGUAGAAUAAUAUUAUUUAGCAUAGGUUAUUAUAGAUAUCAUAAAUGUUACAACGUUUUUUCUUAUCUUUGAUAAUUUUAAGUUAAUCCACGAUACAAAUGAAAGAUUCGUACACGUACGUUUAGUAAGAUAACGAUUAUUUGAAAACUUUAUAUAUAAACGGUACACAUAGAAAAAUAGUCAGGUGGGUCCUUCUCAUAAUAGAAUGUUUGGAUUAUUCCUGAAAUGAGAGAUUAUACUGUCAUAAUCCGUUUGUAUCAUAAAUCAAUUGAAAUAUCGGUCGCUUUCCUUCUUUUGUUUAUUAUUUCUAUAAAACUCUAGUAGCAACACCGAUUAAUAUCGAAAUGAUUCUUUUGACAUUUUCAAGUGGAAAUACAUAAAAUACAAACACGCUUUUAAAAAUCUGUAGCAGGAUUCUAUUAUCGAAAGCGGAAAAAAUAUUGCUAUACAAUUCUUUUAAACUCGUCUAGAUUUUAAAAAAGAAAUAAGAUUUAAGAAGAAGAAAUUUAAGAAGAAAUAAGGCAAGCUUUUACAGCAUUUUCUAUUACUUGCACUGGCAUGCACUGAUAAGAGUGUUAGUUCCAUUGAUAACUUUUGAUGCACAUUAUUUCACCACUCCCUCUUCCAAUCAAUUAGUGCGGAUUAUGUUUACAGGUACGAGCUUACGGCCCAUGUGAGUGUAUCUUAUUAUCUUUUGCUUAAUAUAAUUUUAAAAAUCGCAAAAUAAGAGUAUAAAUUGCACUCGGCAUAAUGAAUAAAAACUCUAUGAAAGUAAUACAAUUUUUUAAAAUAAAAUAAUUUUGAAAGUG